CGCGAAACAAAAUAUAUUCAAUACACACUACAAACAAAGAUUGUUAUGGUUUUGACCCGUGCUAAGUUUGAAGCCAGUUGCCAAAUAGAGUGCUUCUUCAGGAGCCUGUUUAGUGAUUACUGAUCGUUAGUUACAUGUGGACGAAGUGCUGUUUUCAAUAUUACAUUAUGGUACUAGAGAAUGUGAAAAGUUAUGUGAAUCAUGAUGACGAGACCCUAUAAACCUUUGAUUGCGUGGAUUGGUUGGAUAUUGGUCGAUCUAAAGGUCCUAGCUUAUACCAAUGAUGACUUCUUGAAUUUGGACCAUAAUGUGUGGCACCAACGUUAUCCUCGAUUGGCACUGAAGACCAAUGACCAGCUCAUUUGCCAAAAGCCGAAUAUAUACAUUUGUGAGGAACCACCGGAUGCUGUUCCACCAUUCAUCGACAAUACCUGCAACUACCGCAAUGUUGCAUACCACGAGCAAAUCUACCGCUGGGUCGCCGGCAGGGGCUGCCUGCAAUAUACUCCCAACUUCUUGUAUAUAAACGGAUCCAACCCUAUCAAUUUGGGUGCCGGGUGUAUUUAUGGAGAUUUAUUUGCACCUUGCUUAGAAAUCGUCAAACAAGACGGUAAUUGUGCCUGUUAUCCAUUCGACCCCGCAUUUGAAGAGGUUGCUGCUGCCGUGAGAAAUGCCGUGGUCCCAGCGGCACAAGGGCGCUGGGAGAAGUGCUUCUAUGAGGCCAGCGAUUGUUGCAGCCAUUACAUGAACAAGUCUAUUCUUACUGACGAUGGAAGAGAAGACUGUGCCACCACGUUUGAUGGCUGGACAUGCUGGCUUCCUGGUGAGCUGGGAACGACGGCAUACGCCGUGUGUUCUGAAUUCGCAUACUCCAACGCCGGCCCUUCAUGCAACCAUUUCAGCAGCAAAAAGUGCUUUCAAAACGGAACGUGGGAGAUUCAGACUGAUUACAGUACUUGCAGCGUCACGCCCAGGUUACUGAGAAGAUAUAGGCUGCACAUCGUGAUGUUGGCACUGUCAAUAGCCGCUUGUGUUCCGGCCAUUUUGAUUUUCUAUUUCUACAAAAGAUUGAGAGUCACAAGGGUGAUAUUACACAGGAAUUUAUUGAUUGCUAUUGUUUUGAGGAACUUAUUCGUGAUUGUUAGCAGGAGCGAGAUCUAUAUAGACGAGCUAACAAACGCUGAAGACACAGUUAUGUCCCAGCAUGGCAUCGCUUGUCGAGCACUCGCCAUAGCAGAGCGUGUUGCAGCAAACGCUGUGUUCGUCUGCAUGCUCGUUGAAGGAUUGUACGUGCACAGACUCAUUGUCGCCGUCUUCCGCAAAGAAUGGAACAUGAAAUGGCUGAACGCACUCGGAGCUGUGAUCGCUAUAGCACCGGUUGUGGCUUGGUCUAUUGUGAUGGGCCAAAAGAAUGACCAUUCGUGUUGGGUCGUGUAUACAGUAGACCACGUACAAUGGAUACUUGACGGCCCUAGAAUAUUGAUCCUGUUGAUAAACACCAUAUUGUUCGUGGACGUUUUGAGAGUUCUGCUCACAAAGUUACGGAAUUCAGAAAAUGCUAACCAAUUGAGUACAACAAAAGCUACCCUCUUUCUGAUGCCGCUGUUUGGUACUCAGUUCAUCUUCACGGCCAUAAGGCCCAACACGUUGAGCUGCGUUCACGAACAGAUUUACUACUACGUGGCGUACUCGGUCGAAGGGCUGCAGGGCUUCAUUGUCGCUCUGUUGUAUUGCUACGUUAACAAAGAGGUUCACGUUCUAAUCAAAGAGACGUAUAAGAUGACCGAGAUCGCCGUCGCAUCAAGAAUCCGUGGUGCUAACGGUCCCUGCGUUACAAUGGACCCCAUUUCAGACAGACGACUCACCUACAGUACCGGCGUAACUAUGAACAACAACGACAAAGAACAAUACACAACCAUGAAACCAAAACUUCAUGUUGCUGAAAUUAUAUCCAUACAAGCCAGUGAAAGACUUGCCGAAAUUCUCGAUCCAAUUUAUGAAACAAUUGACAGUACAACGGUCAUUGGAGGCUACGACUGCUUAGAAAGGCCCAAUUAUCUUGAUAAUGAGUAUAAUUUUACGAACGCGUCCAGUGUAUCUAUUGGCUGUCGUGAUUGGCUGAAACAGUCGCCGAAUAGUAUUCACCGAGAUUCGUUCAAUGGCUUCGCUUCAAGAGAUAAUGAUACAGAUGUAUCCGAUGUCACAAACAAUGAUUUGAAUCAGAAAUGCGGACCGGGUAACAAGCUAUAUGAAAAUGUUGAUCAAGAAAUGUAUGACGUCAUACAAGGCAAGGAAAAUUUGGAACAUAGUUAUGAGAACGCUGAUAUGCUUGACGAAAUCAUGCAGUAUAUUGGAACUAACGAUAUCUUAGACGCGGACGCGUUGUCGCCAAAUAGAAAAGAGGAAGAUAAAAUUAUAUUUGUAGACAAUUAAUUUGUAUAACAUUCCAUUAGAGAUGAUUUUAUUUAUUUUCCGGCGGGCUAUGGCGAGCAUUUUCUUUCGAAUUUUGCUAUGAAUUGACCCAUCACAACUUUAAUAGUAGUUUCUUCUUUUAAUAUGCAGAUUAAAAGUUUAAUCUUAUUUUUUUCGCUAUUGCCAUAAUGCAGAAUUAAAUUAAAUAUAUUUGAAGGUCUAAAAAGUG